ACGCUUGCGUCAUGCAGAUUGCAAGCUCUGGCGCGUUCUUGCCCCUGUGCUCGUCCGCUCCCUCCUCGUCUCGACCUCCAUCCUUGUCUAGGAGCUGCCCCGUGAUUCCCUGCGUCGCUGCCUCGUCGUGGUUCGCCUUAAAUGAGCCGCUAGCUCCAUGCCCGUGUCGUGCCCCGCCACUGUCCACCAUUAGAGCUUGGUCGGGAGCUUGUCCGUGAGCUCUAGAGCGUUUCCCCGCGCCUAUAUAAGAUGCCCCCGAGUCCUCCGGCAGCUCCCAAGCCCCUCCCUCGCCUCAUUUUCCCACCGGAGCAGCCCCUCUCCUCUUCUUUUCGCUGGAGAUCGCCAUGGCCGCCUCGGUUCCUCCUCGGUUCUGGCGAGCCUAGUCCAUCUCCUCUCCUACCGAGCUGUCCAACGCGUUCCUCUCAUCACCGCGGUUCGCCCCCACCCUCUUGCCCAUCGCCGGAGAGCCCCGUGGCCGCGUUCCUCGAGCUCGGCCGUCGCCUCCACCUCUCGGCCGCUUCCUUGUCCGGCCUCCCCGAGCUCCCUCACGCCCUCCCAUCACCUCCACCGUCUUCCUCUCACUCCGGCGCCCCGCCUCAACCCACUCAACCUCGCCGGAUCUGCCGUUUCUCUGAAGAUCAUCUCCACCACCACCGCCUCUGUGGUCUCUUGUCGCCGCGGCCUCCCCUCCUCCCCGCGCCUCCCCGGUGGCCGCCUCCCCUCCUCCCCGCGCCUCCCCGGUGGCCGCCUCCCCUCUGGAUGGAUGCGCCAGGCGCCGCCGCACCCGCUGGUGGCCUCGGCCGGGCGGGAGACGGCCGGAGCCGCCCGGGCCGCUCGCCGGUGGUCGCCUCUGUCUCGCCCUGCUUCCUGCUCUGCCCUGGUCGGGGUCGCGCGAGGAAGAGGACGAGCGUGGCUCGCCCCCCACCAGUGGGCCCUCCUUGCCUCCUUGGCCCGCCUGUCGUGCCUGGAUUGCUUGCUUGUUUGGUGUGGUUUCUAUGUUCGCGAGCUAGGAUAAACAUUCCAGCCAGAGUCCCUGCGGAUUGGAGUCCAUCAUAGCCGUUCGUUGUUCCGCUGUCAAUAGUUGUUCCGCUGCGAGUAGAGGUUCCGCUGCCCCGAGUUGUUAUGUUGCCUGCAUAGAGCAACUGUGGUUGGCGUAGUGUCGCCGUGCCGGUGUUAUUCAUUGUAAUAUCGGAGACCUUCUAUUCAUAUUCCUGUUGUAAUAGAGAGCUAGUUUGUUCUAUAAUAAGCAUUGCCGUAUUCUAGAA